AGACAACGCAACAUAAUCUGCGACCCCAGCCAACCACACAACACAGCCGUUCGCUUGGUGGUGCUGUCACCCGUUGUACAGGAGAUCACCCAACUGCCCACAGACGCACAGGCCUUCAUCCGUGCCAGGAGGGCUGAGGUGGUGGGUCAUCCCAUUGCCCUGUCCUAUAAUUACUGGUCCAGUGCAGAUGUCCUCAAUGCGGUGCUGCCCCUAGGACAGGACGAG